AUGAUAAUUAUAAUUGGAAUGAUAUAUUUUUACAAAAUACUUACAACUUACUUUUCGAAAAUUAACGAAACUUAUGACGUACAUUUCCGACAUUACGAAAAUUGCGCCAAAAUGUUAUUGUCUUUUGAUUCGGAAAAUGAUCAUUUCAGAAAUUUGAUUCAGAAAUUAUUAAUUAUUUAA